GAGGGAGAUUAUCCACGACGACGCACGAGCUACGGGUGGUUACCGUACACUGGCGCUUCAGACCGAGCGAACAGGUUGCUGGCUAGUAGAAAAUGGGCAACGCUGACUCCAAACUCAACUUCAGAAAAGCUGUGAUACAACUGACAACCAAAACACAGCCCGUGGAGGCUACAGACGAUGCCUUCUGGGACCAGUUCUGGACGGAGACUGCCACUACCGUCCAGGAUGUGUUUGCUCUGGUGCCGGCAGCGGAGAUACGAGCCGUCAGAGAAGAAUCUCCCUCCAAUCUGGCAACCCUCUGUUACAAGGCAGUGGAGAAGCUAGUCCAGGGGGCUGACUCUGGUUGUCCCUCAGAGAAGGAGAGACAGAUCGUCCUGAACUGCGUCCGUCUGCUCACACGUAUCCUACCAUACAUCUUUGAGGACGCAGACUGGAGAGGGUUCUUCUGGUCCACCGUGCCUGGUGCAGGGAGAGCUGGGCAGGAUGAAGGUGAUGAUGAUGGAGCGAGGCCCCUGGCUGAGUCUCUCCUCCUAGCUGUAUCUGACCUGUUUUUCUGUCCAGACUUCACUGUGCAGAGCCACAAGAGCGCAGGCUCGGACACAGCGGAGGACAUGCAGUCCAUAGACAGCUGUGAGUACAUCUGGGAGGCAGGGGUGGGGUUCGCUCAGUCACCCCCUCUCAACUAUAUCCACGACCUCAACAGGAUGGAGCUUCUAAAGCUGCUGCUGACCUGUUUCUCUGAAGCCAUGUACCUGCCCCCCUCUGCUGACAACAUCCUCAACCCCUGGGUUACCUUCUUCUGCGCAACAGACAACCGACAUAGCCUGCCUCUCUUCACGUCUCUCCUCAACGUGGUGUGCGCCUAUGACCCAGUGGGGUACGGUAUCCCCUACAACCACCUGAUGUUCUCUGACUACCGAGAGGUGCUGGUGGAGCAUGCUGUCCAGGUCCUCAUAGUGACUCUGGAGCACGAGACCGGGCCAGCCGCAGCCCAACACAGCCUGGACCACUCAGACUCCACCAUGGAGGACCAGGAGCCUGUAGGACCAGACAACCUGUUUGUAAACUACCUGUCCAGGAUCCAUAGGGAGGAGGACUUCAGCUUCAUCCUGAAGGGUCUUGCCAGACUGAUGACCAACCCUCUGAUCCAGACCUACCUGCCCAACUCAGCCAAGAAGAUCCAGUUCCACCAGGAGUUACUGGUGCUCUUCUGGAAGCUCUGUGACUUCAACAAGAAGUUCCUGUUCUUCGUGUUGAAGAGCAGUGAUGUUCUGGAUGUCCUGGUACCUAUCCUGUUCUACCUGAAUGAUGCACGGGCUGACCAGUCUCGUGUGGGCCUGUUACACAUCGGUGUGUUCAUCCUGCUGCUACUGAGUGGAGAGAGGAACUUUGGUGUGCGUCUGAAUAAACCCUACUCGGUACGAGUCCCCAUGGACAUCCCUGUGUUCACUGGUACUCAUGCUGACCUGCUCAUAGUGAUUUUCCACAAGAUUAUCACUAGUGGACACCAACGCCUGCAGCCCCUCUUUGACUGCCUGCUCACUGUCGUAGUGAACGUGUCUCCCUACCUGAAGAGUCUGUCCAUGGUGGCAGCUAACAAGCUGCUCCACCUCCUGGAAGCCUUCUCCACCAACUGGUUCCUCUUCUCUGCCUCCCAGAACCACCAUCUUGUCUUCUUCCUGCUGGAGGUCUUCAACAACAUCAUCCAGUACCAGUUUGAUGGUAACUGUAACCUGGUGUACGCCAUCAUCCGGAAGCGCAACGUCUUUCACCAGCUGGCCAAUCUGUCCUCUGACCCAGCCACCAUCCACAAGGCCCUACAGGUGAAGAAGAAGAGUACAGCCGGUAUCUCCCGUAUCAACUCCCAGGAGACCAUCUCCAUGGAGGGGUCCCGACCGGCCGUCCCAGCUGAGCCAGGGACACUCAAAGCCAGUCUCGUGGCCAUACCAGCUAUCGACAAGCUGACAGAGAAGGCUCAUGUCUCUGAGGAUGGCACCAUGGUCUGUCUCCAGCAGAUGACCACUGACCAGCACGCACACUCUACCCAACACACACACGCUCCGCAGCCUCAGGCGGCUGGUGACCAGGACGCACACUCUCCCCCAACACACGCACACUCUACCCAACACACACACGCUCCGCAGCCUCAGGCGGCUGGUGACCAGGACGCACACUCUACCCAACACACACACGCUCCGCAGCCUCAGGCGGCUGGUGACCAGGACGCACACUCUACCCAACACACACACGCUCCGCAGCCUCAGGCGGCUGGUGACCAGGACGCACACUCUACCCAACACACACACGCUCCGCAGCCUCAGGCGGCUGGUGACCAGGACGCACACUCUCCCCAACACACACACGCUCCGCAGCCUCAGGCGGCUGGUGACCAGGACGCACACUCUCCCCAACACACACACGCUCCGCAGCCUCAGGCGGCUGGUGACCAGCACGCACACUCUCCCCAACACACACACGCUCCGCAGCCUCAGGCGGCUGGUGACCAGGACGCACACUCUACCCAACACACACACGCUCCGCAGCCUCAGGCGGCUGGUGACCAGCACAGACACUCUCCUCGGUCCUCUGCCGCUGACACCAGUGGUAUAGCAGGAGCCAGCGACACAGAGUCCAACUCGGGGAGAGAUAACAAGGAGGCCUUUCAACCAGAGUCAGAGCUGGCCAGGAGUCGUUUGUCCAGUGUAUCUUCAUCAGCUACGUACUGGAACCCCACUCCAGACUGGGUCAUCUCCUGGAAGAGUAAGCUUCCUCUCCAGACUAUCAUGAGGCUGCUACAAGUUCUGGUUCCUCAGGUGGAGAAGAUCUGCAUAGACAAGGGUCUGACCGACGAGUCGGAGAUCCUGAAGUUCCUCCAGCAUGGUACCCUGGUGGGCCUGCUACCUGUGCCACACCCCAUCCUCAUCAGGAAGUACCAGGCUAACGCGGGCACCGCCAUGUGGUUCCGCACAUACAUGUGGGGAGUCAUCUACCUACGUAACGUGGAUCCUCCGAUCUGGUAUGACACUGACGUCAGACUGUUUGAGAUCCAGAGGAUCUAAGUGGAGCAGGUGAACAGGUCUCUUUACGACUGCGUCCCAAAUAGCACCCUAUCCCGUUCAUAGUGAACUAAUUUUGACGAGAGCCCAAUGGGCCCUGUAAAAGCUAGUGCACUAUAUAGUGGAUAGAGCGCAAUUUGGGAAGCAGAUGACGUCUCUGGACUGGCUGGUUCGCCCUCGGAACCACCAACAAGUAUCCCUCUCUCCCACCAACUGCCAUCUUCAAACCUGAACAGAAGUGUGGAAGAGGAGGAGGAGGAUGGAUGAAGAUUUCACCGGACACACCUGUACUAGAAAACAAGAAUUUACAGUGUUUGUUUUUCUAUAUUUUUGUUUCUUGCCAAGUGCCAACCCGUAGAACAUCAUGUAACAAACCACUGUCAAUAAACCACUUUUCCAACAAGCUGUCUGCUACUACAACUGCCAAAAGGUCUGCCAUAUCAACCCUCUUCUAUUCAUGUAUUGGCAGCUUUCUGUGGGUAUAAUCCUUCACUUCUUCAAACUUUAAGUCAAAUUUUUUUUGCCAAACAAAUGCAUGUAUACACCACUGUAUGUAUACGUUAGGUAUGAUUUAUUUUGCCAUUGUUUCAAUUUUUAUGUUUUAGAUGAAAGUUUAUUGUACUUAUUAUUUUCAGAAUCUCUUCUUGAAAUGCUUUUACUGGGAGUUUAAUUUUUGGUAUCCCUUUUAUCACAGUAAAGCUGCUUUUCAUUUUGUAAGAGUGUGAAAUAGAGACUGACAGUGACCGACUAGAGCGAGCCUCACUGAAGGAGGCAGCUUUAAAAAUACCUGUGAACUGACUGACUGAGACAGGAAGCGAUAUCUCUGCAAUGUAUUGGCUUUUGAACUGCAGGCAAAUGCUGUUGUAUUCUGUGUCUGAUUUCAUAAUGUCAAUAUUUUCAAAGUACCGGAACUAUAUCAUAUUAAUAA